GGGGAGAGGGAGAGGGAACAGGAUAACAUUGAUGACGCAGAGAGCGAAGCAGACCCACCACCCAGGCCAGAGACGGGAAAAUAACGUUAAAGUGGGGAGGGGAUUUUUCCUGAAGUGGGAGUUGCUCUCAUUCACUCCCUAGUGACGUUGAUGAUUGAUGGAUCGAUCGAUCGAUGAUGGUGUCAUGAGCGCGCUUUGUUAAAUCUGCGGCUCCAUUUGAUGUAUUACUUCAGCCUGGGAGGAUCAGAGUGAUUGUUCUCCUGCUGGCUAGGGCGGUUCUUUGACCUGCUCUGUUUUCCGAUCCAGCAGCUUUUGUUGGCGUUGCAGUUAUUGCUCUCUCCUUUCCUUUCUUGCUCUGAGGAUCGAGGAAUCCAAGAAAGACUUUCACGCAAUACAGAGAGAGAGAGAGAGAGAGAGAGAGAGAGAGAGAGAUUCUGGUGGUCAUCCACGGAGGCAACAGAAAUUUGGGCACAUUUUUUUGCUAUUUGAAACGGCGAGGAUCAUCUGCAGCAGUGAUUUUUGAAAGGAGCUCAUCUUCAUCUUUGACGAUACCAAAUCACAAACCAAAAGACCUCUUUCUCCUGAUUUGUGAACGAAAUUGGGUACUAAAUGCUGAGGAACAGGCCAAGAGCAGUGACAGGGAAUAAGCAAGCAUUGGUGGCCGAUCAACGGUCUCAGUCCACCACCAACCCUCAGAACAAUCCCACCUCUAAUAACAAGUCAAUCUUCCCAUCUUUCUUAGCUUCGAGAUUCAUGCAUUUGACGAUCAAGACUGCACUCACCCAGCCCAAAUACGUAAUGGUUGCCGGUAGUCCUAGCAGCCCGACCAUAACCCAUCACAUCAAUCCUUUUUCUCACCUCAAAUUCCCAUUUUGGUACCAACACUAUCACCAACAUCCGAGAUUCCCAGAGAAAUUCCAUGGAGUCGACAAACACCCAUUUCGGGAACUCGACUCCACCACAAGGGCCGGCCUCGCUCUCGUGGACACACUGUCGAACAACAAAGCACGCCCCCAUCAAGAAUCUGUCGUCAGAGGAAGUGACAGACUGGUCUUGCCCGGAUCAAGAUCGAAACUUGAGGCUCCUCCUGUUCAAGAGCCCGCGGUUUCUCCAAGCGGGUCUCCGAAUUUCGCGUUUCUCGAUGAUCUAGCGUCGGCGAGACGAGGGUGUUUGUCUGUGAGCGAGAUGGAGCUCUCGGAGGACUACACGUGCGUGAUAUCUCACGGCCCUAACCCGACGGCCACUCAUAUUUUUGGUAGCUCUGUAGUGGAGAUGUAUUGCUUGUCCAGCGAGGUUAAGAAGCAGACACUGCUUGGUCCGGAUAGCUUCCUCAGCUCCUGCUACACUUGCAAGAAGGGCAUUGAACAGGACGCAGACAUUUACAUUUACAGGGGCGAGAAAGCUUUCUGUAGCAGUGACUGCCGGUACCAAGAGAUUCUGCAAGACGAAGCAGAGAUCGUUGCAGAAGCCGAUGGCGUCUCUCUCUGACUCGACCACUUCACACCUCCCAAAGUUUCAUGCAUCUCGAGAACUACUAUUUCAAAAUUCCAGAGGGUUUUAUUAUCCAUUUCACGGGACUAAACAUAUGCCAAAUUUGGGAGCACUUGAAAUAUAUAUAUAUUUUUUUGCCCUUUUACCCUUCUUCACAUCACUCCUCUCCUGCAGAUAAGACAUAAUGGAGAGAGAGAUUUUGUAGAGCUUCCUCCAUUGAUUAUGAUUUUUCUCAAUUUUUGGUUUGGGAAUCUGCAGAAGAAGCUAGCAAGAUCUCUACUUGUUUAAUAUUUUCUGCCCUUUCUUGAGCAAUAAUAAACCAAUGCUUGCUUCUGA